CAAGAAGUAUAUGAAGAAAAUCCCUAAACCCUAUUCUCUCCCAAAUCCUUUCAACUCUCUUCCUAAUCCGGCCGCCGGCCAUUCUCUUCAAUUCUCCCCCAAUUCUUCUCCCAAAUCCCUAAUUCUAUCUUCGCAAUCCCUAAAUUCCCAAAUACCACCCAAUACGAAUCCCGUUAGAAACUUUGUUUCUAACAUCUGGUAUCAGAACCAUGGUCGAAGACCUGAGUUCAUCACAACUCUCUCAGGGACAGCUUCCUACCAAAUCGAAACUGAUAAGUUCAACCGAUAUACGGAGCUGACGUGGGCUCAGAAGCAAGAAAAGAUGUGGCAGAUUGUGGGCUAUUGGAAGGAGAAAGCGGCGCGCGGCGCCGCGGCAAGGAAGGAAGACGAGGCCGCAGCAAGGACGGAGCUGGAGCCGCUCGACGAGGCUGGCCGAGGCGGGACGGAGGCCGCGCGGCGCGCUGCGGCGUCCAAAGCAGCAGGUGGCGGCGCGGGGAACGGCUCGCUCGACGGGGCUGGCCGAGGCGGGGAGGAGGCCGCGCUACGCGGCGGCGGCGCGGAAGGCAGAGACGGUGAGAGCAGGCGGCGACAUUGCUUCCUUACGCUCAAACCCUAGGGUGGCCUCCAACCGCGUAACACCACAACAACAGCUUUGUUCGUUGGGCCGAAACCUCCGGGCCGCAGGUCUGAAGAGGCAAAACGGAGUGGGCCUAAGCGAAGAGAUGAGACCCAUCAUCCUUGGUCAUAGGUUGGGCCGCAUGAAGAGAGGUGUUGGGCUCUCCUUGGUGCGAAAACAACAGCAGUAGCAGGCCACAUCAUUGGGCCGAGCAGAGCUACGAGGCGGGCUAGCACGAACCGGCCCUGGGCUGCGUACACACAGACAAGCAGAGAGACUCCAUAAUGAAGAUGGGCCUCAUAUAAGCCCUAUGGAAUCUCUUUUACAAAGUGUCGGUUUGAAUAUGAAGGAAGAAGAAUUUGUGGGCUUAGGUGAGCACCCCAAUUCUUACUUGGUGGAUUUUGAAAAAGGGGGUGGACAGUCAAUAGGCCAUGCUUACGACGCAAACCACAUGGAUGAGGAAGAAGUAAUUGAAUUUGGAGUUGUUGGCGUGAGAUACGUUCGAGUAGUAGAACAUAAUUGGAAGAAAAGAAAGCGCAAGAAAUGGAUGCAAGGCGUGGAUUGCACGGUAGACAUGAAGAAAUGGGUUGAGUUGAUCAACCUUGAGGGCAAGGUUGGUUUCAAGGGGGAUCGGAUGUUAGAAACACGUUUUCUAAGGAAAACGAGUUUUUAUAUCAUUAUCAUUAUUAUUAGGUUUUAUUAAAUAUGGUUAGUAGUCAUUUAAUAGAAUUAGGUUUAUUAUUAGGAUUUUCCGGUAUUUCCUAUAUAAAUAUGUACUUUGUGAUUCAUUAGUAAUCAGUCAAGAAGAAUAUGAAGAAAAUCCCUAAACCCUAUUCUCUCCCAAAUCCUCUCAACUUCUCUUCCUAAUCCGGCCGCCGGCCAUUCUCUUCAAUUCUCCCCCAAUUCUUCUCCCAAAUCCCUAAUUCUAUCUUCUCAAUCCCUAAAUUCCCAAAUAUCACCCAAUACGAAUCCCGUUAGAAACUUUGUUUCUAACACAUCCCCAGAAUAUGAACUUAACAUGAAAUCCAAGAUGACUUUGCUUGAUAAUUUCGUAUAUCACCAAGCAAUUGAGUAAUGGAGCUAUCAACUAUGCAGCCUCCAAGAAACAACCUUAGUAAGCUAAACUCAGACCACUUCCCUUUUGUUAUUAUCAGGAUAAAUAUGAAGGGGAGUAUAAGGGCUCAAGAUAGGGUGCAUAACCAUGGGUUAUGCAUCCAUUAAUAACUAAAUAUGGGCCCUUCAUUUAGAAAAUUCAGAUUUAAGGAUGUAGAAUUAAAUGUCAUUUUUAUUUUUUCUAGCUUUCUUAAUCGUCUCAUAUCUUCUUCGUUUUAACUUGGAUUUUAAUUUUUUUUUUUGCACAAAUGGAACGAGUUUGUUGUGCUCUACAAAAUGAAAUCCAUUUUCAAUAUUUUUUGAGAAUUUUUUUUUCUUGCCUCUCGGUACCAACUGCAUACCAUAUGAUAUUUUCUUCAUUUUUAAUUCAUUUUUUAAAACGUUUGCACAUAAGGAACGAGUUCAUCAUGAUCUAUUGGAUCUACAAAUUUCUGGGUGAACAAAUUACAGGAACAAAAAAUACAACACAAUACCAUACAAUACCACCCUGGUACGGGGUGGUAUCUUAUGGUACAUAAGGUUAAAAGUCGUAAAUGAUAGUUAAUAUACUUCUACUAUCAUGUAUUCAAUCAUCCUACAGUCUUUGUUUUUUCAUACCACCAUGCUACGCUUUUCAAACCAUAUGUAUGCUCUUAUUUUAAUACCAGUCAAUACCAUAUGGUAUAGAUUGGUAAAAAAUGGUUCAAUUUUUUUUUUUUUUGGUUUGAAAAAUAUAUCAAAGUGGAUAUCAUUUUGAAGAGCACAAUUAAUCUGAUCUAACUAUGCAAAAAAAAUCCACUUAAAACGAAUGAGAAAUCGUCCGUCAAAGAUUAAGGAGGGAAAAAUUAAAGGCUUUCCAAGAG